CCUUUUCUGAUUCUGCCUCCAUUUUUGCCAAGAUGAGUGCCCCUCCUCCUCCUCCUCCUCCACCUUUACAACAACAGCCUUCUUCAUCUCAAAGCUCUCGUUCAAAGUCCAGCAAGAUGAGCAGCAGCAGCUCGAGCCAUUCUUCAGGCUACCCACAGUUCCUGCGCUCUUUCCACCCUGCUGAGGCAGCGCUAGCACAGGAGCAGUUACACCCGGGUGUAGGACGCUUUGAGCACUUUGCAGGGGGGGGUGGCAGUAGUGGGAGUGCGGGGGGUUUAGGAGGGUUAGUGACACCGGCACCUCCGGCACCUCCUCCUCUUCAUCCCGGCCUUUCUGUCCCCCAGGCGUCCCCUGGUCCCUCUUCCUCCUCUCCGUCCCCUUCGACCUCUGUGGCCAACUCUAACCACUCUUCCAGCAGCAGUGCGGUCAACUCAUUGGGUCACCAGUUAGUCGGGGCCCAGUCCGAUGCACGGAGCCUUCACCAACAGUUCAGUUGCAUGUUGGCUGCUAAUCAGUAUUUCCUUUCUGGAGUGCCUGCUAAUGCUAGCUUAGAGCAAUUUCUUGUUCAGCAGGGAACUCACAACCACUUAGGGAUCGGGUUGAGUCAGUCAGUUGCAGAGCCUAGUACCAGUCUUGCUCCACCUCCUGCUUUGCAUUCUUCUCAUUCUCAUGGUCAGGCGCAGCAGAACCCGCAGCAGCCUCCGCAGCAGCAGCUUCCACCUCACACCCUUUCUCACCCUCAUUCUCACCCUCACCAUCCUCUUCACGCAGCUUCGCAACCCUCGUCCCUCAGUGGCUUCGACUUCCAGGGGAUCCCGGUUCUUUCGUCGAAUCAGAUAGCCUCUUUAAUGCAGCAGGAAGCGGGUUUGCCCCUCCCCUUACCCUUACAUUUGUCAUUGUCAAAAGAUGACGGUAAAGGGGAAGCCACCGCAGGUGGCGGCGGCGGCAGCAGCAGCAGGAGGAAGAAGGCCAUGGCGGGGUAUCUGCCUCAGAGGAAGUCUGACAGCAGUAGUAAUAGUACCAGUGCUCAUGGGCACAGCGGUCACUCCAGUGGCAGUGGUGCAGCUCUUAGUCACGGUCAGCCGCCGGCUUUAAUUGGGAGCGGGGUGGGAAUGUCAAAUAUCGCCGGAGACCCGUCGUCCAUUCUUGCUUCUUCAUCGUCGUCAUCAUCAUCUGUAGUUUCUUCCUCUUCCUCUUCUGCUCCCUCUUCCACUGCUGCCUCAGUACUAGUUACCAAUGAUUCUCACCUUCCUAAAUCUGAUAACCCCGGCUCACUGCACGACAACUGCACUGAGUCUGUUUACAGCUGUGGGGAGUGUGGCAAAAGCUUUCCUCAUCUUUCAAGCCUCCGCAGGCAUUUACGCAUGCAUGAGCCGACCGCAGCAGGUACUAGCAAUACAGCCACUACUGGCCCGAACCCUGUCCACAUUAAGACACAGUCUGAUCCCAGCCUUCCCCAUUCAACCCAAGAAAGUAUUCAGCCUACAUCUAACUCUUGUCCUAGCCCAGACAAAUUAUUCCAUUGCCCUGAGUGUGGCAAAGGCUUUAAGAAAAAAGGGCACCUUCUCCAACACGGUGUUAUACACUCUUCUGCCCGCCCAUAUGGCUGCCCCACCUGCUCUCGGGCUUUUAACCGUAGGGAGUCACUGACGCGCCACGAGAAGAUACAUGAGGAAAAGCCGUUCAGAUGUCCCGCUUGUGGUCGUGCCUUCCGUGAAAGCACAUCUCUUCUCAACCACGCUGCCUCGGGCACCUGCGGCAAGCCAGGCUACCACGAUGACCAUCGAUCUCAAGGUAACCCAUCUCCGUGCUACUCUGGUGCCUCCCCCUGUGGAAGUGGGAUGGCAGGACCAGCUCUGAGAAAGGCACCCUUGGCCCCGACACUGCAUCCACACUCACAGAGCCACAGCCAGCACCAUCACCUGCAGCAGCACCCUCACCUGCCCCUCUCUUCUCUACUGGAUGAUUCAGAGGAUGAUGUCACUAGCUCGGUCAAUAAUGCAAUUUCUGCUAUAACGGCAGCUAACAACAGUGGAAGUAGAGGAGACGAUAGGGGAGACAUCAUAGGAGGCCUGCUAGGUGGUCUUGGUUUAGGUCCCCUGGGUCCACCUUCGUCCACGGCUGGAAUGGAUAAGAAUUUCAAAGGUAGCGGAAGUCAGGAGGCCAUGAGCACCAAUCCACAGAAUGCCACUUCCAAACCCAAACGGCCCCGUAAACCUAGAGCUAAGAAAGACGCUGCGGCGGGGGGACCGCCGAAGCGUAGGCAGUAUACCCCGAGAACGGGGGCCAGCGGCCUGCCACGCACUCACCUCUGUAGCGUCUGCGGUAAGGGAUUCGCACGUCGCGAGACGCUACGCAGACACGACCGCAUCCACACCGGUGAAAAGCCUCAUCACUGCACAAUUUGCGGAAAGUAUUUUAGAGAGGCUUUUCACCUGAGCAAGCAUCAAACCGUGCACUCUGGGGCAAAAAAUUACAAAUGCAGCAUUUGUGGCAAAGAGUUCGGUUACUCCCAGAGCCUCCGCAGGCACAGCAAACUCCACCAGAAAGGAGAGUUGGAAGAAGUUCCCACCACACCAGCUGCAGAAAACCUUAACAGCUUUAACCCAAACCCUCAAUGUAGCGUGGCUCCAGACCGGGGCCCGAACCAAGCGCCGAGCACCUCCUCCUAUUACUCCUACCCUCAAGAUAUCAAACCUCAAGAGAGCAAUUCCCAGGCACAGCCUCCGCCCCCGACCCACCCGCAACCCCUACCUCCUCCUCGCCUCUACACCUGCGCUAUAUGCUGGAAAUCAUUUCGCCAUCACUUCCACCUGACCGCUCAUCACCAAACAGUCCACGAAAGUGGCGGCGAAAAGCUGUUUUCCUGUGAAGUUUGCGGUAAAGCCUUUGCCUACUCCAAUAGCCUCACCCGACACAGGCAGUCGCAGCACGGCAUGACCCGGGCCGAGCCGAGCGCCCAACAAGAAGGCAUCGGCUCUGGAGACAACAGAGGUGGCGCCGACGUUAAUCAGUCCACCUCGGAGAGCGAGGCCGCCACCAACGUCCUGCUACAGAUGGCUCCCUCCACAGAAAGCCACGGAGGGGAGAGUCUGAGUGUUGUUACCCACAGCCACCAGCAGCCCCCCCCACAGCCUCCGGCUGGUUACUCUCCCCUCUUUUACGAUGCUGCGGCGGCGCCGUCUUUCUCCCAGCCUCUACCUCCAAAUUCUACAAUCAUGCCCCCGCAGCACCCCCACUCUCCAGCAGGGGUCAAAGGAGAGCACAUUUACCCAGCUGGAUCCCGUAGCCGUACGCUUCACACCACAGCCCCAUUCCAGCCUCUUACGGAACUGCCCUCCACUGAACAUCACCAUCUGCAUCACCAUCACCAUCACUCCCACCAUCAUUCUCAUCAUCAGUCAGGUCCGCAGUCUCAGCAACAACUCGACUGCAGCGUCCAGUCAUUACACGAUGAGAAAAGGCACCACAAGAAGAAAAAAAAAAAGUCAGACAGGACAGAGUGGAGGGAACCCCACGAUUUAGUCAGAUAUGACGCAAGCAAACAGAAGAGAAAGAUAAGUUGUACAAUCAGAGGGCAGCCGGAAAAAAAACCCGGCUCCCUUCGUUUGACCAUUAGGCGUGGAGAAGGAUCAGGGGGCGGUGCUUAUAAGCUUGUCAAAACUGCUGGAAUGAAGGCGCAGAUCCUGUCCGCUCUCAAAGUCCCAGUCAAAUGUUUCGGCUGUCCUUUAUGCCCCAACUCCGUGUUUUCCCGCAAAGCGGGUCUUCUUGUCCACAUGGCUGUCAAACACCCGCAGAAAGCCUCGACCGCCCGGGAGCGACUGGGCUGCAGCGUGUGUGGGAGGCAGUCUGGCAGACCUCUGGCGGCCUUCAUCCACCGGGCCACCCAUCGUGACAGAGGGACCUUUUCCUGUCGACGCUGCUCUGCUUGUUUUUGGAAUCCCACCCUUCUUCACAGGCACAAGGUGUCCUGCCGCCGCAGGGCCAAGGGGCUGCAGCGGGGGGGCGGCCGGAGGCUGAGGCUGUCAAAGAGAGCAGGCGAGAGACGGACCGCUGGAGCUCAGGAUGCAACGCCGCUCUCGCGGGAGUCGUACACGUACUGAGCGUGUUGUGGGCAGAACGCAGAACUGUGGCUGAAGAACCGGGACAGGAAGGAGCGUCUCCGUGGGUUCCGUGCGCCUGUUGUGUUGUUCUGCUGACAGUUAGAAUGAGUGUGUUAACAACUACUGUACAAUAUCACCAGGACAUCUUCAAAGACACGUGACUGUUGGCGUAGGAUCAUUAACCCCUGAAGUGCGUUGACACUAUGCUUGACUGACACUGUGCGGAUCCUAGACCAGUGUGUAGGUGCACUGACCUGCUCAUAGAGCUCUCUCUCUCUCUCUCUCUCUCCCUCUCUCUCCCACUCCGUAGAUUCCCUGCUACUCUGGCUGUAUGAAAACCGUCUGCUGUGUACUCUGUCUAGUUGUCGUUCACGUAGAGGCUCCAAGGAUUUUCUUUUUCUUUUUUAAACGUAAAGUGCAUUUAUUAGAAGUGAGGACACGGGGACACACACCUUUGUUGAUAGUUUGUCGCUGCAUGUUUGUUCUCUGGUCGAGGUUUUUGCCGAGGUUGUAAAAUCACUUCUAUAUCGUGUGUUUUAUUCAUUAAUCCCUGACGUUUGUUGUGUAACACUUGAUUUUGAAGUUACUAUAAAUACCCCGGUGAUUUAAUCACGUAUAAAUAAAAGGUCAACGUCGCUGAU